GGGGGAGCGCAUUCGCUUUGUUGUGCCGCGCGUAAAGAAGGCGGAGGUUUGCACGGGCUGGCGACGCUUCGGGGUGAAGAGUCGGUGCGGGGAGUCGGUCCUUUUGCCUCCGGCAGCAACUGGAGGGGCUCAAAUAAAUUUUAAUUAAAAAAUCAUUAAAUUUUCAAGGAUCCUGUUGCAAGGCUUCCAGGCGUCGCAGCAGCCCGGAGGAGACUCGAAGCGGCUCGCUUUGGGUUGGAAGGAGAGUCUCUCUCCGGCCCCCUUCGCCUCCAAGCCGGCUCGGUCGGUCCCGGGAUCAUCAUGACUGAAAUCACCGAGAAGGAGAACGAACCCCAGCACAGCCCGGACGCGCAGCAGACGCCGGGCACCGGCGGCUCCACUAGCCUGCAGGAGACGAAGCUACAGCGUUUCAAGCGCUCGCUCUCCCUCAAAACCAUCCUGCGGAGCAAAAGCGUGGAGAAUUUUUUCCUGCGUUCCAACAGCGAGUUCAAACUCCCCUCUGACGUCCUGCUCAGCCCCCCGGAUUCUGUGCCACCCCCCUCCCCACCGCCAGUGCCCACAGAGGGGGACCAUUCUCCCAGGGCAGCACCCAGGCCCCUUGCACCCCUCAAGCCCAUGAAAACGCACAGCUUCCAAGAGCACGUCUUCAAGAAACACAGUCCGUGUGAACUCUGCCACCAGCUCAUAGUAGGAAAUUCGAAACAGGGCCUGCGGUGCAAGACCUGCAAAGUCAGCGUUCACCUGUGGUGUUCAGAAGAAGUUUCACAUCAGCAGUGUUCGGGCAAAACACAGGCUACCUCCUUCCGACGCAAUCUCAGCUCUCCUAUGCUGGUACACGAGCCGCAGCCACAGCCAGGGGUCACCAAGGAAGCUCCCCCAGCAGCAGGCCCCAGUGGGAAAGUGGAUCCUGUUUACGAGACCUUGCGUUACGGAACAUCGUUGGCCCAUUUGAAUCGUUCCAGUUUCAGCAGCACCUCGGAGUCACCCACCAAGAGUCUGAACGAGAAAGAAGAAGCGGCUGAGGACACAGAAGGUGGCAGGCAGAUGACUGAGGAAAAUCAGGUUGAUAACGUGUUCGCCACGCCAGCAGAGGGCGAAGGUACCACGUCAGAAGAGAAGAGCCCAGGGCAGCAGACAGCUCGGGGCUCAGUCCGCAAGGAAGUCGCUCCUAUGUACUCGUACGUCGCUCUCUACAAGUUUCUGCCUCAGGAGAACAACGACCUGCCCCUGAAGCCUGGAGAUCGAAUCAUGCUGGUGGAUGACUCCAACGAGGACUGGUGGAAGGGGAAGUUGGGGGACCGCGUGGGCUUCUUCCCAGCCAAUUUUGUGCAACGGGUUCGUCCGGGCGAGACAGUCUGGAGGUGCUGCAAAACGUUCUUCGGCAACAAGGAGCAGGGGCAGCUGAGCCUGAAGGAAAGCCAGAUCUGCGUUGGUGUGGGAAAGACCAAAGAGAGCGAGGGCUUCAUCAAGGUGACGAGCGGCAAAAAGCGAGGGCUCGUUCCAGCCGACGUCCUAACAGAGAUUUGAAGACGGGACUAAGGAGCAAAGCAUGCUGGGAAAACGAGAGCUGUUAAGUGCGGGGAAAGAGCCACCCUCUUAAGCCCUGCCUUAUUGUAGCCCAUCCCAUCCCUGAGCACCUGGCUAAUCACUAUUUUCAUGGAAUCUUCUAGAUGGAUUGUGGAUGGCUUCGGGUUGGGGGGGGGAAGAGACUUGGGGGUGGGUUGGCUUGAAUGCCACUUUCUGUGUGCUCCUGCCUGUACCGCGUUGGACCUAGACACGUGGUUAAUGUCUCUUGCCCCAUUCUCUUUAGCUUGGGUACAGCACAUUUGUUUUUCCUGUAAUGGUGGUGCUGACCAAUCUGAGGCAUAUAAAGCGUGAGGGAGAUUUCCACAGCUGUCAUUCACCCCUCUUUCCCCAGUCCUCAGGCCACGCUUCCACAGCAGCAGAGGCCAGCAAUAGACACUGGCUUUAUCCUGUAGGGCUCUUUAUAUCUUGGCAUAAAGCUCUCCGCAUUCUGAGAUUCCCUAAAAAAAAAAAUCUUUGUCGCAUGUGGAAACGUGAAGGUCUUCUCCGGCCGAGGAGGCCACGUCGGUGUGUUGUGUCUGUCUGUGUGUUAGUUUUAAACUUUCAGGGCUCUCUUGUAUCUUUGUGUGUGUGGCAGUUGCUCAGAGCUGGUACAGCUUACCAGCCGAAAGAAAACAAUUCCGUCACUGCCUGGGCAAAAGUCCUCAUUACGGAGCCUGUUCCACUGCUGGCACCCAGAAAGCCUGUCAUUUGAAGAUUCCUUUUUCUUCCGACAUGAGGUGCCUCCAUUCCCGGCUCCUGGGAUCUCCCCGGAUGAUCUCUGUUUGCCUCUCCACCGUACAGUCACUGACUUGCCACAUGAACUGACGGCAACUUGGGUUGUUUUCUCAGGGACUUUCCUCAGCCUGAGGUAUUUUUGAACCGAGCUGAGAACGCCACCCCCUCACCCGCCGCGUUGCUUGUGUGAGGAGAUCAGAGACGCCGAUCGACCUGUCUUUUCCCUCACCUCCCUGGCAUGCUUCUGGCUACAUGUAGAUGUACUGCGGCUAAC